GGAAAUUGUUUGAGCGAAUUUCUCCACAUUCCAGGAUGAAUUUAGUUGAAGAGGAAAGCGAGUCGAAAAGGGACCACAUCAACGACAUCGUGCUAUCCGAAGAUGUCCAACGUGCCAUUGAACAAGUCCUCCAAAGCUCGGACCCUCUGGACCAGCCGGAUUUCAAUCCGACGGAUUACAUCAAUCAGCUCUUUCCGAACGAACAAUCGCUGUCCAACAUCGAUGAGGUGAUCUCGAAGAUGGAGUAUGAUAUAAGCCUGAUCGACGACAACAUUCGCAGUGUCGUUCGGGGGCAGGUGAACACGGGAGAAAAUGGGCGUGUGGCGCUGAAGGAAGCGCAACAGUCGCUCACCCAGCUGUUCUCGUUGAUUACCGACAUUAAGAGCAGGGCGGAAAAAACGGAGGAUAUGGUGAAGGAAAUAACGCGCGACAUCAAACAACUGGACUCGGCCAAGAACAAUCUUACAUACGCCAUAACGACGCUCAACCACCUGCAUAUGCUCGUCGGUGGGGUGGAGAAUUUGAAACAGCUUUCCGAAAGACGUCAGUACGGCGAGGUACUUAACCCUUUGCAGGCUAUCAUCGAGGUCAACCAACACUUCCAGCAGUACUCGGAGAUAUCGCAAAUUCAGACACUGUCGGCACAAGUGCAGCAAAUUCAAUCUGAGCUGGCGACGCAGAUUACCGAUGAUUUUAAGAAUUUCUUUUCACCGACGGCGCAUAGUAAUACCAACCGGAUGACAAUAACGCAGCUGAAGGAUGCGUGUCAAGUUGCGUCCGUCUUGGAUAAGCUAGUAAAGAAGAAUAUUCUCAAGUGGUUCAUUAAUCUACAACUUCAAGAGUACAUUCAACUGUUUCAUGAAAAUCAAGACAUUGCCUGGCUGGACAAGAUCGACAAGCGGUACGCCUGGGUGAAACGACAUCUGCUGGAUUUUGAGGAAAAGUACGGCACAGUUUUCCCCGCAGAUUGGGAAGUAUCGGAGAGAAUAACGGUCCAGUUCUGCACCAUUACCCGCGAAGAGUUAUCGAAAAUAAUGGCACGCAGAAAACAAGAAAUUGACGUCAAGCUGCUACUGUUUGCCAUCCAAAAAACAUCCAAUUUUGAGCAGUUGCUGGACAAGCGGUUCAACGGAACAACACUGGUGGAAGCCACUAGCGAAGAAGUUCGAAAGGAGCGGGACUCGUUCAGUAACCUUAUUGGCAGUUGCUUUAAGCCGUAUCUGGAUAUAUACACAGAUAGUAUCAGCCGUGAUUUGACGGCGCUGGUAGAACAAUUUGCCCUGCAGAACCAGCAGAUGGUCGUUCCGAAAGAGAUCAAUCCAGGAAUUAUUCCAAACUGCGCUGAUUUAUUCGUUUUCUACAAAAAGUGCAUGGUCCAGUGUAUGCAACUGAGCAACGAAAAACCAAUGUAUGACUUGGUCCUGAUUUUCAAGAAACAUCUGCGUGAGUACGCAAGUAAAGUACUGGAAGCUCGAAUUCCGAAACCGCAGCCACCAAACUCGACAUCAUCGACCAUCAGUUCUAGCAUGUCAUUGCUGACGAAAGACUUUCAAAAUUUGUCCACCGCAGCCGGGCAAGUGAUACAUAACUUUUUGAAAGAAGGUGAAACUCCAAGAUUCUCCGCUGAAGAUACUCGAAAGAUUUGUUACAUACUGGCUACCGCGGAGUAUUGCCUUGAAACAGUGCAACAAUUGGAGGAUAAACUUAAGGAAAAAAUUGACAAAAACUACAUCACUAAAGUAGAUCUGGCAGAUGAAAAAGAUGUGUACCAUCGCAUCAUUUCGAAUUGCAUCCAGCUGCUUGUCCAUGACCUCGAUGCAGCAUGUGAGCAGUCGUUGCUGCUGAUGACAAAAAUAGCCUGGCACAGUAUUAGCAACGUUGGUGACCAGAGCGGGUUCGUGAACCAAAUCAUAACGAAUCUCAAGCAAACGGUUCCAGUCAUUCGUGAUAAUCUGGCAAACAGCCGAAAGUAUUAUACGCAGUUCUGCCAUAAGUUUGUGAAUUCUUUCAUUCCCAAGUACAUCAACACUCUGUACCGGCUUCGACCGACGUCCACCGGGUCUUCAUCUGCAUCCGGCUCGGCCGCGUUAGUAGCGAGCGCAUCGAGUUCCAGCAUUUCGGAGGGUGCGAGUGGUUCGUCGGCGGCAUCCGGAAACAUUCUGGGUUGUGAGCAGCUCCUGCUUGAUACGCAUAGCCUCAAGACGGUGCUGAUGGAUUUACCUUCGAUCGGAUCGCAAGUCCAACGGAAACCACCGGCAAGCUACACCAAGGUAGUUGUAAAGGGUAUGGCAAAAGCGGAGAUGAUCAUUAAGGUUGUUAUGCAGCCAGUCCACCCGGCAUCGCUCUACAUCGAGCAGUACCUCAAGCUGCUCCCUGAGAGUAGCGUGGUGGAGUUUCAUAAGAUACUAGAGAUGAAAAACGUAAGAAAAGUCGAACAACAACAACUUGUGGAAGCUUACAAACGAGCAUGUCCUGCUCAGCAACAUCAACAGCAGCAGCAGCAACAAGGGUCAAACUCUUCAGCUGCUUCGGCGAUUGGUGAACAUGUUGGCAGCUCUUCGCAAGCAACAGAAAAUGCACCGACAGGAACUUCAACCGGGAAUCAUCAAUCGCAACAAAUGGCGGCGGCUGCAGCGGCGAUAAGUGGUGCAGGUUCCAGCAUUAUGGCACUAGGAGACUCCUUAAUGGAUAAAGGGCGCAUAAAAAAAAUUGAAAACUUAAUUAAAAAUAGACUACCAAAUUAGUAUGCAUAACCUUAUGUCUCGAUGUGCGAUCGAUAUUGAUAGAAAAAUUAUUAAUUCGGGCCUCUAUUUAAGAAUCGUCUAUUAUAUCGAUUAAUUAUGACGGAUACACUCAAUACAAAUAAAUACUGCACUCUG